CCUCCGUGUCUCUCGCACAUCUCUCCAUCACUCCGUCUGCUUCGCAUCUUCUGCUCCUGCUGCUUCCUCCUUCCUCUGUGUUACUUCUCUGCCUCAUUCUCCGUUUUUGGCAUCAUGUUUCUAACGUGAAGUCCGUCAACUUGUACAGUCGGUAUUUUUUUUUGGGACCGACUGAAGAGGAAGUGGGUAAAUGCUCUGAGGAGGAAUAAGAAAGAAGGAGAAAACAGAGGCAGACGCUUGCAUCCUUCAUUCAGUGCCUUUGUUUGAGCAGAGCAACAGUAUGGAUCUCUCCUUCAUGGCCGCGCAGAUCCCAGUUAUGACUGGAGCCUUCAUGGACUCUUCACCCAAUGACGACUACAGCGGUGAGCAUUCGCUCUUCAACUCUUCGGCGAGCGUCAACGCCACGGCCUCUGCGGCCUCGGUGCACGGCCAGCCGGAAGAGCAACAGUCCAUGUCGAACGACGCCAUCUGGCUGUGGAUCGCCAUCAUUGCGACUAUAGGGAACAUUGUGGUGGUGGGCGUUGUGUAUGCCUGCACUUUCUGAUAGACAUGCUCAACAAGACGAACUUUACAAUCACAUAUCCAGCUUUCUUUUCUUUUUAUGUCUGGAAACAUAAACAAGGCUCAGCAGAACAGACACACCCUCCAUGUCUCAAUUUGUCUUUCUCUUCUCAGUAGAUUUUUGGAGCUGCUAGAUGUCCCCUGAAAUAAGUUCUGAUAAGUAACAAUUAGUUUGUUGGUAUUCUCCUGUAUUUGACAUCAGUGAGCCUUUUUAACUCAAAAACAUUUUGUUUAAAAACAUGAUUGUGUCCAUGACUCUUUGGUUAAUGUUAGAUGCCACAGAUCUGUGAUUUCAGCCAUUAUCCUGCAGAUUUUUCUAAUUACAUCUCUUUUUGUGUGUUUUUUUCCCCAGACAAUAGCUUUAUUUGUCAGAUAGCCACAAUAAUAAAUAUUAAAUUAGGUUUGAGAGGCUGGUUAAACCAGGUCAGUCUAAGCAUUUAUGAAACAACACUAAGACACUUAACACCUGGACAUGACUAAUCACUCUGUGGAAGUCCAGACAUUUUGCCAGUCUUUCUAUGUGAAGCUGAGCCAAAAAGCCAAGUUCUAAUUUAGCCGUCUGUUUAUGUUCCAACCCUCUCUUAUAUUCAUAGGAUAUGGAUCAUGACCAAAAGAAUGAGAUGCCAGAUGUUGAAAGGAGCUUCCUCUGUAGGGUGGUGAAGCUGGGCAUAUAGAGCUGCUGCAUCUGGGUCUGACCUUAAGGAAGACCCAGAACCUUCUGGAGAGUCUGUAUUCCCUUGGUGGCCUGGGAACCAGGGAUUCUUGAAACUAAGCUGGACAGAGAUGCUGGGUAAAGGGAUGUUGGACAAACAGGGCAGGAGGAAGGUAAUAUUUUUAUACUAAGGAGGACUGAAGCCAGCAUUUCUCAGUCAUAGCAUGGUAACCUGUUAUCAGCUUAAUUCUAACAAAUCUUUUUUAAUAUGAUUUAAACCAACCUAAAAUCCAACAGAAAUGGUUCUGCACUGCCAACUGUUGAGGUGCCAGUAAUGCUAUCACUGAUAUCCUUGCGGCCUCAACCUCACCCAGUCCGGAUGUCAUGAGAAAGAACAGAUGAAGAGCAGGAAAUUAAGAUUAACACAAGUUUAAUUUGGAAGAUAAUAAGUCCAAUGAUUUCCCAUGCAAAAUGAAUACAUACAGAAUAACACAAAGAAAGAAAAUUACGUAAGGCCUUACAGAGAGAUCGCAGGUUUCAGCAAAGCAUUGCUGUCUCUACCCAGAUGUCUACCUCAUUACAAAUGCCAGCCCAUCUUAUACCCUCACUUCAAAGCUCACUGACUGUGCCUCCCCCUUAUGCAGUCUGGUGUAAAUCAGCCAAGCUCACUUGUGGUAUCUAUACCAUGCCCAAAAGUCGACAUUUAUUGCUUUAUUGUCCAUACAACCAGCAUUUACUGCUUGCAGUUGUUGAGAACUUCCUAACCUCUGUUUCAGCCUUGUUCCAUCCUGACUCCUGCUGUGAUCUGUGAUUCCUCCUCAAGGCUCACUCAUGUUAAAUCUCAGUUUAAUGUUCCCACAUGCAAACUAAACUAAUAGCAUGAAAGUACAAGAUUUUAAUUCUCAACACAACCUAAUUACUUCACUUUACAAUACUGACCAUUUAUAAACGAAUGGCUACAUUAACAUGUAAUUAUUUUAUUUUUUAUCUAGGUUCAGUAAAGAUCUGCAGCUUUAAGCUAAAUAUAAUUAGAAGCACAAGUAAAACUAAAAUCUUUGAAGCCUUGUAUUUUGCUUCAAACCGGUUUUUACUGAAUUUCUGAUGUUGGAAAUUUGUUGGUGUUGGUUCUGAAGAACAGAAAAUACGUCCAGCAGCGACACAAGAGAGAAGGGAAAUGAAACGAGCUUUGAUAGAGCCAGUCUAAUGUUAGUAUUGAACAACAGAUGUUUAGGGAAAACUUUCUGAAUUGUUGCAGACUAUAUAUUUUUUUGCAUAUGAGACUUGGGAUUCAUUCCUUACCUCACUUGUGUGUGGCAGGGAGUAAAACCUAGUGUGCAUGGACCUUUAACAGCUCCUGUUGUCACCCUAUUGAACAGCAAAGUCCAGUCCUUUGUCUCAGUCAUUUAGACAAAUUAAGCAAAAUGUGUGCUGGAUCAUCACUGCAAGUAUCUCUGUAAAACUUCAGACCCCAUUCAUCACAAAACUCAUAGAUGGAACACAAAAAAGUAUUAUUCAGCAGGAAAAUGUGGUAAAAACUGGUAAUGGUUUCUAACUCUUUCACCUUUCUUUUCUGCUGUUGCAGCUGACGCAGAGUAGACAUACAUUUUCCUUUGAAACAACUCAGACAAGUGAAGUGCACCAGUGUGUGGCUAUAAAAGAUUGUGAGACUGAAUUCAUCUCAGUCUAGACAUGCAGUAAGAAUCAGAAAUAUCUUUGGCUCAGACUGAUCUGUAGCAGAGCAUCGUUUAGCUUCUGAUUAUUUAUCCAUCAGGAAAAUGAUUCUUGGAAAGAAAUAGGCAUUGUGAAGCAGGAAGCGAGUCCCAAGCCUUUCCUUUAAUGAAGGCAGCUGGACCACAUCGGUCACAUUCUAACUGGGACAUGGUAACAUGAACAACACACUCGAGCAUUAAUCUGCUACCAAAGAUACAAUCGCUGCUUCUCAUAUAGAAAAUGUGAUAUAAUAUUCUGCAGCCACAUAAAUAUUAGAGCUGCGAGGCACAAAUAUUUGCUUACAGAAGUCUGUGCUUAGCUUAAACCAGAUGAUACGGUGUUCAAACUACAGGAAAAGUUCAUACGGUGACACUUCCUAUUUAAACCAUGAGUUGCAGUCACCUAGGUGUUUAUCGUCAGGCCUUUCUAACAUCAUCAACUUAUUCUGAUUUCUGGACUGAGAACUAGAGAAAAAUACACAUGGUAGCUCUUUGCUAACUAAUGUUUCUUCCAUGAUUUCCAACAUAAAUUCAACAUAUAGGGUUAUAACGUCAUUGUGAAAACGCUAUACUUGUUCAAAUAUCCAUUCAAGGAAAAAAACAUGGAUUACUGUGACUGCUAUAUUAUGUAAAACAAAAUUAUAUAUAAAUAUAUAAUGUGGUAAAUAUGAGUGUACUUUUACAUGUUUCAAAGAAAGACUUUUAAAUUUGGUUAUUUUUAAUAAAUGGUUGAGGUAGAAAUAUUUAGACUUGUAAACCACAGACACAAGGCUCUUUUUGUAAAGACAUAAUGCUACUAAUAAAGUUUCUGUAUUGAUGUAAACAGUUUUUCUUUGUUGACUAACCAAAUGCCUUUAGAUAUUUUGAUGUCAAGUUGUUCACUAAAAGGCUUGGUCCAUAAAUGCAAACUUUGAAUCCAGUACCUGAUUUUGUUCCCAAUUUCAUUUCUAUCCUAUUUCUGUUCUUCAGGAAGCCUAACCUCAGGCUGUUUUUACCCAUUGCUGCUCAGAGGACAUUGAUCUUAAGGUCAAACGGUGCCAUCUGUUAUUUUGACAUCCUGGUUGCAUCCCUCUUUUAUGUCUCUAUGUGCUGUGCUGCUCCACCUUUCAGUAAAGUUGGUUUUUGUGGAGCAAACAAGAAGACUGCAGCAGUUCUCAACUUUCAGUCCAAAAGUGAUCAAUCUAGAUACGAUUUGUUUGUUUCAAAUCUGCUGAACAUUGGUUGAUUCUGUGUGUAUCUCUACUAACAACAAAGUGCAACAUCUAGGGUUGAAGCUCCAUUUUGAUACUCACCUUCCAAGCAAAUAAGAUUUUAAAAAGUGCAUUCUUCCAUCACAAUCUGGAUUUCCUAUGCUUGAAUGUGUUGGAGACCAACUCAGUCUACAGGGGAUUAAAUUCACUGGUUGCGGUUUUUCCAAGCCUACAGUAAUAAAAUCAUAGUGUCAAUAUCCUCGCUGGUAGAAAUAUGGUUUUCUCUAAUUUCCUACUUAUUUUUUAUGUCCAUAUGUUUUAGUCUCCUCUGUCGUCUCUUUGGUUCCCCUGACUUCUGGCAGUGUUUCUAACACAGCUGCUGUUCCUCCCACCAAAUAUCUCCUUUGGGUUUUUCUCUCAACUCCUCAACAGAUUCUUCUUCUGUCUCCAUGUUUUGUUUAGUUUUUACAGCUGGUUAUAAAUGAAUAAACACUAUAUUUAAUCCAUGAACACAGAAAUAAACGUUAAUCAAGGCUCAAUACAAA